GCGCGCUCUUCAAAAAAGAAGGCAGAUUCGGUUGAUUGGCGGCCUGACAACACAUAAAUAUUUCCAAAACAUCGAAUUUUUACAACCUUUUAGAAAUCAUGUACAUGUGUACUACCAGUUUAUAGAUAAAAUUGAUCUUUGAAGAUUUAGAAUGCCAAGUGCUGGUGCUGUUUGUCCCCCUCAAAUUACUCCUUUGCGUAAACACAUACCUGGCAUCGUAAAGUCAAAAGUUGAUACGACAACUCUCAUUGAAUUAGUUUCAGAUACUCCUGAUUGUAAAUUAUACUUCACCUCUGAUGGCAGCAAACCAUCAGCCUUCCAGAGGAAGAUAGGUGGGAAGGAAGUCACAUUUAAAUAUGUAGGCCCAUUUACACUUAGAUCUGGCAAGAGAACUCUCAAAGCCAUUGCUGUUAGCAGAGAUGGCAUGCGAGAGAGUGAUGUUGUCACUAAACAGUUUAAUGUGGAAGAUAUUGGUGUUCCAUCUACAGAUUAUACCACCGACGACUACAACAGUUUCUUUGAGACAUCCGACCUUGACACAGACUGUACAUUAACAUCAGGAUCAACAUUAAAGUCAUCACACAAAAAAUCAAAUCUAAAGAAGAAACCUCAGAGGAGUACAACCCCUAUCAGAAGUAAAUCUCCUAUGAGAAAGACCAAGACACCAAAAGAAGCAUGGGCCAGUAGUAGUUCACCUGUGUUAGAUGUGGGAGCUUAUGAUGGACCAGAAUACCCUACCCCUGAGAUGCCAGAUGGACCAUUUAAUCCUGUGAAUUAUUCAGGCACACAGAUCAAUGUAUGGGGAGGUCAUCCUAAUGCAUGGCCAGGCAUGAAUGCUAAUAGUGGCGCAGUUACAUUUGGUCAGCCUAAUCAGGGGACGAUACCUUGCUCUACACAAUUUGGUUACCUUACAGAAAAUAUGAUUCAGGGUUGUAAUCCAGAAAACAGACAUGUGACAGUUGGAGAACUUAGAAAAUCAAUGGAAGGAAGAAGACCUCAAAUAAAAGAAAAACCUCCAUCUCCACCUCCAAGUCCACCCCCUCGAGCUCCUGCUAUAGAAUAUCCACCAAAAGAUCCUGUACCCAAUACUAUUAGUCCUGGAAAUGGUGAUUUUAAAGAAAAUAUACGUCAUGUAUAUGCACAUAUGCUUGAAUAUGCAAAAGGAAAUAAAGACUUCAGAUUAAAGGUAGCAGAACCUAAAAUGGGAAAGAUGUUAGAAGCCAAGUUUGAAGAUGAAGGUGAUGGCUAUAGAAUCUCAGUUGUCAUGGCGAGGCCAGGUGUGCCCAGGGGAUCUGUUAGAAAACCACCCAAAGUUGAGCCUAAAGUAGAACCAAAGAAAAAGACAAAUGGAAACGGGAAACCAAAACCGAAAGAAACACCCCCACCUAAAAAGUCUGAUCCAUAUUUUGCCAUGGAAACAGAAAACUUAGAGACUGAAGGUACAGUGAGACCUUAUGAUAAAUUCAAUGCUGAACAAGAUGCUGAAGUCUUAAGAAAUGCUAUGAAAGGGCUUGGGACUGAUGAAGAUUCCAUCAUCAAUGUGUUAGCAUACAGAUCUAAUCCUCAAAGACAUGAAAUAUAUACUACGUACAAAACAAUGUUUGGAAAGGAUUUGAUAGAAGAUUUGAAGGGUGAAUUAAGUGGAGGAUUUCUGGAUACAUGUAAAGCAUUGUUGAUGCAGCCAGCUCAAUAUGAUGCUUACUUGCUACGCAAAGCAAUUAAGGGCCUUGGAACUGAUGAAGAUGUGUUGAUAGAAAUUUUAUGUACAAGAUCAAAUGCUCAAAUAACAGAAAUCAAAAGAGUGUACAAAGAAAAAUUUAACAAAGAAUUAGAAAAAGACAUUAUAGGAGACACAUCAGGACAUUUGAAGCGUCUCUUAGUUGGACUAUGUCAGUCUAAUCGUAGUGACAGUAAUGAGGUUGACAGAAACAAAGCUCACCAAGACGCAAAAGCUAUGUAUGAAGCAGGGGAAAAGAAGUGGGGAACUGAUGAAUCUAGAUUUAAUGUCAUUCUUGUAUCAAGGAGUUAUCCACAACUCAGGGCAACUUUUGAAGAAUAUAAGAAAAUUUCAAAGAAGGAUAUUGAGGAUGCUUUGAAGAGUGAAAUGUCAGGAGACUUAUUGAGAGGAUUCUUAACAAUAGUACGAUGUGUAAAGAACAAAGCUGGCCAUUUUGCCAGACAAUUACAGAAGACUAUGAAAGGAUUGGGUACUGAUGAUGAUACACUUGUCAGAAUUGUUGUGUCUAGAUGUGAGAUAGACAUGGUACAGAUUAAAGAAGAAUUCCAGAAACUUACUGGACAAACUCUGGAACAAUUUGUGGCUGAUGAUUUAAGUGGAGACUACAGAAAUAUAAUAUUAUCCAUAAUAAAUGGAGGUCCACCACCUGAAACAGCAGCUAAAUCUGGCAAAGCAUUCGUAGAAGCUGUCAAAAAUAAAACAGAAGAAGAACUUGAUGAAGAAGUCAAAAUGGAAUCAGAAGAUGUACAGGAAGACCCUACUGUAAAAGCAGCAGAAAACUUUAAUGCAGAAAAUGAUGUAGAAGUUUUAAGGAAAGCUAUGAAAGGAUUUGGUACUGAUGAAAAAGCUAUCAUUAAUGUACUAGGAUUUAGAGACAAUGCUCAGAGAUUAGAAAUAGCCAAAUCUUUUAAAACUAUGGUUGGAAAGGACUUGAUAGAUGAGUUGAAGGGAGAAUUAAGUGGAGGAUUGAAGAAACUAUGUGUUGGUCUGUGUAUGAGCUCUCCAGAUUUUGAUGCCAUGAAUCUCAACAAAGCCAUCAAGGGUUUGGGUACAGAUGAACAAGUUUUAGUAGAAGUUAUAUGUACCAGAAGUAAUGAACAGAUAAAAGCAUUUAAAGAGGCAUAUAAAAGAUUAUAUAACAAAGAGUUAGAAGCUGAUGUGGCUGGCGAUACCUCUGGUAGCUUCAAACGACUGCUAGUUGGUUUAUUACAAGCAAACCGAGAUGAAAGUAAAGAAUUUGAUAGAAACAAGGCUAAACAAGAUGCUCAAGCCCUUGUUGAUGCUGGAGAAAAGAAAUGGGGCACAGACGAGUCCCGAUUUAAUGUUAUUUUGGUAUCGAGGAGUUUUGCUCAGUUACGAGCCACAUUCCAGGAGUAUGCUAAGGCAGCCAAUAAAGAUAUAGAAGAUACUCUCAAGAGUGAAAUGUCUGGGGACUUACUCAAAGGAUUCUUAGCUGUUGUGAGAUGCAUCAGAAACAAGAGUUCUCAUUUCUGUGAUGAGUUAUACAAAUCUAUGAAGGGCUUGGGUACUGAUGAUGAUACACUAUGUAGAGUACUAGUGUCUAGAUGUGAAGUAGACAUGGUUCAAAUCAAAGAAGAAUUCCAGAAAAAAUACAAACAAACACUGGCUAUGUUUAUCAGUGAUGAUGUGAGUGGUGACUACAAAGAUUUAUGUUUAGCUUUGUUAGGAGAACAACAACCAGCACCUGCAGAGAAGAAGAAAAAAGGAUUCUUCUCAUAAAGAAUGGUGAAGUAUGAUGUGAAACAGAUUCCCAGAACUGUAAUAAAGAGGCCCAUUGAACUAUUAAUAUAUUAGAUCUUAGAAUAGUAAAUAUACUGUCAUAGGGACCAAGCUUUAAGUGUUAGAUAUAGAAACAGGGAUAGUAGAAAGCUAUUUGCAUUUUUUGCAUUUUAAAACAUUUAUAUGAUAUAGAAUAUAUAUAUAUGUACUACAGCUAAAUUCUGUUAUGUGUUAUAAAUACUUGUUUAAAGAAACAAAUAGAGAGUUUUUGAUGAAAAAUGAUUCAAGGCUUAUAAUUGUCUAUCCAAUAUUUGUUUUUUAAGGCUAAGUUAUUUGAUAUACUUAGAUCUGAAGAAACAAAACUAAAUCUUGUCAUGUGUUUGGUAUGAAAUCCAUCCAGAUAAUUUUCUCAAUUCAUAAAUAUUAUUUUUUUUAAUAAAAGAUAUUUUGAUUUAGAAGAACAACAUAGGUACAGAGUAUCAGGGAUUUGUUUUAAUUUUAAAUGAUGACAAAUUAAAGGACUCUUUAUUUUAAUUUCUCUCAUUUUGGGAAAUAGAGAGUGGGCCAAUAUCAUAUUACAGGAGUAUAUGUUUUUCUCUAUACAUGUACUAGGCUGGCCAUGGUGGUAAAAGAUACUAAUUAUAAUAUUUUUACUUUGAAAAUUGAAAUUUUACUUUGUAAUUUUAAAGAAUAUUGAGGAUAUUUAUGUAAUGUUCUUCGAGUAGUAAAUAUGUUUUAUAAUCAUUUUACAACUGUAGCCAUGACCUGCCAAAUGUCUUCUGAUGCUGUUGUAGUUCAUCAAUUUUUUUUUCAUGCCUAGUACAUAUUUUUGUUGGACCUCUAUUUGUUAAUUUUGUUUACUCGAUCAUGUUUUAAUUGUAUUUAUUUUUAUUCCAUUUCAUACCUUAAAAAAUAUUUAAUGUUUAUUAAAUAGAGGGUUUGUAUUGAUAGUUAUUCAAGGACUUGAGAUUUUAAAAUUUUAGCAUACAAUUUUUGUUAAUAUAACAUUCCGUCCAGCUUUAUUUUUUUUAAAAGAAUAGAUAAAAGCUUAUUUGCAAUUGUAAAUGGUUAAAUGUCUUCAUUUUAAAGGUUCCUAUCUUGUGUUUUGAAUUGUCAAAUGUUGUAUUUAAAUAAAUAAAAAAAAGUAAGGAAAAAUACAUUUUGCAUUUAUAUGUUAGAAAAACUAAAAAAAGAAAGAAUUUAUAAAUUAAGGAUGUUUGUAUUUUUGCGCGUUGAUUACCUUUUGAAAUCAGGGACUAUAUGUUUAUAAUUUUAAUUCCAUUGUUAUAUGACUGUCAAGACAUGUACCAUGAAAUAUGAUUUUCUUUCUUGUCUUCCUUCCACACACAUCAAAUCAAGAAAAAAUUAAAUGAAAUUUUGCCCAAUCUUAUACUGUUAUUCAGAUCAAGUUGAAAAAUUGACAAUAUUUUUAUACAAAAUUCCAUUCACUGUCAUCAUAACAUUGAAAUUGUUUAGCUUUUUAUUAUUCAGGUUGUUUUUUCUAAUGAAAUCUUGUCUCCAGUUUUAUUUGUUACU